AUCUGGGAAAUCAGAAAUGUGGGAAUCUGGGAAUCCGGGGAUAUGGGAAUUUGGGAAUCUGGGAAUAUGGAAAUUUGGGAGUCCUGGAAUCAGGGAAUUCAAGAAUUGGGGAAUUCAGGAAUCUAGGAAUUCAGGAUUUUGGGAAUCCAGGAUUUUGAGAAAUUGGGAAUCCAGGAUUUUGAGAAAUUGAGAAUCUGGGAAUUUGGGAUUUCAGGAAUUCAGGAUUUUGGGAAUUCAAUGCCUCUUAUGUAAGACUGGGAAUGAAAAUGAGGCGGGAAUGGCAGGAUCUGGCAGAGGCAUCCUGGAGCCAGAGAAAUCCAUCCUUGGGAUCCUGCCAAAGGGAUCGUGCCACUGGGAUUGUGCUGUUGGGAUCCUGCCUCGGGAUCUGGCCUUGGGAUCCUGGCACCAGGGCUGGCACAGGGGACACAGGAAUGGCACGGGGCACUUGGGAGCAGGAUUUGGAACCAGGAUUUGGAACCAGGAGACUUUGGGAUCAGGAUUUGGAUUUGGGAUCAGGGCUUGGGAUCUGGGGUUGGGAUCAAGAUUUGGGAUCAGGGUCUGGAAUCAGGGUUUGGGAUCAGGCACUGGAACCAGCACUGGAACCAGCCCAACCUCUCCCUUCACCUCGGGCAGGUUUUCCCAAAAUUCCGGCCGAAAUUCCAGCGGGAUCGGACCCCCCUCCCCCCCAGCAAUCCAUCCCUGCCGUUGCAUCACGAGGUCCCUCUCCAGCUCUCAUGGAGCCCUUUCAGGCACUGGGAGUGGCUUCGUGGCCCUGUCGCGACAUCCUGCGGGACAACCGACAGCCCCCGAGGCGACAAGGCCGCAGUGGCGCCGUUGCCAUGGUAACUUCUCACGACCCCCCCGAGACGACUACAACUACCAUCAGCCCGUGCGGGGCAGCCCGGUGUGGGCGCGGGCAGGGGGCCGCAGCUUUUCCCUGCUGCGAGGUUUUCCUUUCCCGCUGCUCCCAAACGCUCCGGAGCCUCUUCCUGGGACUUCCAACGCCGCCGUUCUCUGCCGCGUCCCGGCCCCAGCAUGGAAUUUCCGACAAAUCCGUGGAAAAUCCCGGGGCAACGAGUACCAGCCCAACAACUGGAAGCGGAAGAAGACUCACGGCUGGAUCAAACGGAUCAGCACUCCCGGCGGGGUCGCCGUGAUCCUGCGGCGGAUGCUGAAGGGCAGGAAAUCCCUGAGCCACUGAGGGAACCCCGGAAUUCUCCGGGAAUUCUUCUCCAGGAAUUUGGGAUGACCCCGCCGGGCCCUAGAGGAGGUGCCCAGCCCUGCUGACCCUGUCACACCGUGCCUCUGAGGGGUUUGGGGCGCGGCUGUUCCUUCGGUUGUUAAAUUAUUCUCAAAUUUGCGUGUGUUUAUUCCAAAUUUUUAAAAUUUUCUUUGUUUAUAAACGUGGGAAUGCGGAAUGUGCUGAAAUCCCA